GAGCAUUAGUCAACCGACAUAUCCUGGCUGGCCCUGCCCAGAAAAAAAAAAAAAAAAAAAAAUUUCACAACACACUGGCUACUUGUUGGAAUUCAUUUCCCAUUGAAUUCUCUGAAGUUCAUGGUGACUCAUGGUUGCUUGGCUACCGCAUUGACAUACUCUGGUAGUUCGUUCGUACAUUCGUUACUGAAAGUAUAGUCUUGGUAUUAGAUGUGUAUUUGACCAAUGACGUAGUUUUUGAUUGCUCAACAAUCACGCUUCGCUGCCCAUUAACUUGUUCCGCAUUUUCACCCCAAAGCCAUUAUUAUCCUUUUCAAAGGGGCGACCGGAACAAGCUGUUGCGUUUGCGGUUUAAAGUGUUCCACAUCGUUGAAACUUAGCUCAGAUAAUGUAUGCCCCAAAUGCUCCAUCAAAAGGAGAUAAUCUGCCAGCUCCAGGAGCACCACCACCUUAUUCUGAGCAGGGUGUAUCCUAUCCACCACCUCCACUAGGACAACCUCAACAGACAGGGUAUGGUGGAUAUCCUCCACCUGUAACUGGACAGCCUGAAAUUGGCUUUGCCGGUGGUCCUUACCCCCCGUACCCUCAACCAAAUUUUCAGCCUAGUGCACAACCAUACCCACAGCCAUAUCCACAACCUUCAGAACCUCCAGUACACCAACCUUAUGGAGGAUAUGCCAAUGUUCCAGGACAGCCAAUUGUUGCACAACCAAUAGGACAACCCAACAGUGCUUUAGAAUGGAUGCCAUUGCAGCCACAACAUCAACAGAACCGGAGCUGUCCACCUGGCCUAGAAUAUCUUACCGCUGUUGAUCAAUUACUUGUUCACCAAAAAGUGGAACUUCUUGAAGCUUUUGUUGGGUUUGAGACCUCCAACAAGUAUACUGUUAAAAAUUCUAUGGGGCAAAAGGUCUUCUAUGCAGCAGAAAUAUCCGACUGUUGUACCCGUCAGCUUUGCGGUCCAAACCGAGCAUUUGAUAUGAAAAUCGUUGAUAAUCACGGCCAAGAAGUGAUUCACUUGAACCGCCCGCUAGCUUGUACUUCUUGUUUCUUCCCAUGUUGCUUACAGAACAUGGAAGUGACCGCUCCACCAGGCACCCCCAUUGGUUCAAUUCAGCAAGAGUGGAGCAUUCUAAGUCCCAAAUUUAGUAUUAAAGAUGCUUCAGGGGAAACGGUGCUAACCAUAGAAGGACCUAUUUGCACCUUUAGCCUGUGCGGCGAUGUUGAAUUCAAUGUUUAUUCUAGGAAUGGCGAUACAAAAGUCGGAAAGAUAAGCAAACAAUGGAGCGGGUUAGUUCGAGAGGCGUUCACAGAUGCAGACAUGUUCGGCAUCAAUUUUCCGCUCGACCUUGAUGUGCGCAUUAAAGCGGUUUUGCUGGGCGCAUGUUUUCUAAUCGAUUUCAUGUUCUUCGAAAAAGCUGGCAACGACGAACGUGAUCUGCCAGGCAUGCUGUAAUGGUGCACUACGUCGAUCUGAGCAGAAUCUCCAUGCAGAAUCUCCCUGUAAUAACUAAUCUCAAUCCAAGUUAUUUAACUACUUAUGAUCCGGUAUUUGUAAGUAAAUCUAACAUUUAUUUUUCACCUUUUGAAUAUUAGCAGUAUUCCUUUCUUUCGUUUUUGUGUGCGAAACUACUUGAUUCCUCACACAGAUUCAUUUUUGUGUGGGAGUAGAUCAACCUAUUCCACUUAGUGCAUACAAAGUUAUCAAAGACGACGCUCAUAUAUUUCCAGAAAUUGCAAUAUUUCAUGUUGCAAUCUGGGAUCAUCAUUUUAAGAAUAUCUUUAGCCAUUGCCAUCCCCCAUGUGCGUCACUCCGUUUAUAGCUACAUGCCCCGUCGGCUAAAUUGAGUCUAAAUCAAUUUAGUAAAUUGCCAUUGUAUAGUUUCUAAAAUGCCGUGGUGCUGAAAGUUGCCCCUUAUCACCCAUAGAAAUUUACAAAUUUCAAAACAGUGUGCUUUGAUGGUGCUUCCCGUCCCCUCUUGUUUCCUUGCCCAAAUAGGAUAUCAUAUUCGAGUCCAUGUUAUCGGCCAAAUCUACCGUUGACCUUUAUUUGCCAUUACCUUAACACAUUAAUCUCACAAACAACAUAACCACUUUAGUGGAAUCUUUCCUUGCUUAAAAUUUUUUUCAUUACAGUAUCACAUGAA